ACGAUCAAAAGUAGAAACCAAGCAAAACAUUCCGCUCCCGGGCAAAGUCACAAGUGGACUCGAUUUGGUGCUCAGAUGCAUUUCUUCAUGAUCCGUCUCCUUCCAUGAACACCUUAAAAGAUGCUUCGAAAACACCAAACCUUGAGCCUUGCUUCCUCUUCCAAUCCCCAAAGAAAUCUCAAUGUCAAUUCUCUCAAGCUCUUUGGCUUCUCCCCUCUCUUCACCAGCACCAGUACCAGCACCAACCCAUCAGCUUCCCCUGACUCAUCCCUCACAUCCGAGUUACCCGACAUCCCAAGUUGGGUCAGUAAGCAAAACACAGGAACUCAACCCUCGGGAGAUGACGAUUUUGUCAUCCCUUCACUAGCCACUUGGAUUGAAAACCACCCCAAAGUUCGACUCUUUCCAACCAAAAAACCCGAAACCCCAGUGGAGAAAAUCACUAAAAUCCUAAAAUGUCCCUACCCAUCUCCUGAAAUAGUUGUCCAAGCCUUGAAUGCUUCUGAUUUAAGUGUUUCCGAUGUUUCAGUUGACCAAUUGUUGAAGCGGUUUUCUAAUAGCUGGAUUUCAGCUUAUGGAGUCUUCAUUUGGGCAAAAACACAAUCAGGUUAUACGCAUACUCCUGAGUUAUAUAACUUAAUGGUUGAUGGGUUAGGGAAGGCUAAAAUGUUUGAUUUACUGUUGGAUUUAAUUGAGGAAAUGAAACAGUUAAAAGGGUAUAUUAAUUUGGAUACAAUAUUUAAGGUCAUGAGGAGAUUAGCUAAUGCUCGUCGGUUUAGUGAGGCUAUUGAGGUUUUCAGAAGGAUAGAGGAACUUGGGGUUGAGAAAGAUGUUAUGGCUUUGAAUGGACUGUUGGAUGCAUUGGUCAAAGGGGAUGGUGUGGAGCAUGCUUGUGAAGCUUUUGUUGAGUUAAAGGAAUGCAUACCUUUGAAUUCUAAUACUUUUAACAUUCUGGUACAUGGAUUUUGUAAGGCUAGGAGACUAAGUGAUGCUAGGAAGAUUUUGAAUGAGAUGAAUGAACAGGGUUUUCAGCCUUGUACUGUUUCAUUUACUUGUUUCAUUGAGGCUUAUUGUCGUGAAAAGGAUUUUCGCAAUGUGGAUGCUAUUCUGGAUGAAAUGAAAGAGAAAGGGUGUAGGCCAAAUGCUGUCACUUACACUAUCAUUAUGCAUGCUAGAGGAAAGGCUGGAGAGAUUGGGAAAGCAUUGGAGGUUUAUGAUAUGAUGAAGAAGGAUAGUUGUUUACCGGAUUCUUCGUUUUAUGGCUCGUUAAUUUUCAUUCUAAGCAAAGCAGGUAGGCUUAAGGAUGCAGAUGAAAUCUUCGAGGACAUGGUAAAGCAAGGUGUUAAGCCGAAUGCAUUGACGUACAAUACAAUGAUAUCUUCUUCUUGUGGACAUUCACUUGAAGAAAAAGCAUUGAAGUUGCUUAAGAGAAUGGAAGAGGAUUCAUGCAAACCGAAUAUUUCAACUUAUGCACCUUUACUGAAAAUGUGUUGCAGGAAGAAGAGGAUGAAGGUACUCAAUUUUUUGUUAAGCCACAUGUUAAACAACGAUGUUAGUAUUGAUCAUACAACCUACACACUUUUGGUCCGUGGACUUUGUAAUAGCGGAAAACUUGAGCAAGCAUGUGCAUUUUUUGAAGAAAUGGUGCUCAAAGGAAUGAUACCCAAGGGUUCUAUAUGUACAAUGCUGGUAGAGAAACUUGAGAAGGAGGAUAUGAUUGAAGCAAAGCAGAAGGUUCAAGAAUUGGUGCCAAAUGUGAAAGAGCCAAAAAUAACAGUCUAACAUGAGUGUUGUGUGGUGAUUGGUCACUUCAUCCGCUAACUAUGUGGUUGGGAUUUGAACAUUUCAUGACUGGUCGUUUACCUCUUCAGAGAGCACCGACGACGAGAAGAUUAUCACUACUGCGGAUAGUGGAUUCCCUGAUUAAAACAAAUAACAACAAUAUAGUCUUUCUUAAAGGAAAGCUUUUUAAGAUUCAGAGUAAUUUACCGGAUUGGACUGUGUCUGUAUUUCUAUCUUUGAAUCAUGUAGACUUUGUCAUAUGCACUGUUCAUUCCAAUUUUAAUCUGUUUAAGCAAGUAGGAAGUAUGAUGGAAACUGUUACUCUUUA